AUGACAACCCUCACCUGCCAAACCUGCCACGACCCCCUCAUCAUCCCCAUCGAGCCCGACUCCGACGUUGAAGAGCAACCCGCCUGUUCCUCCUCUUCCUCAUCCCCCCAAACCGUCCCCGAUGACCUCCUCCUCCCCUGCGGCUGCCACUUCCACUGGCAAUGUUUCCUCGACCUAGCCAGCACCAUCUACUCCUCCCUGCGCUGCCCCUCUUGCAACGCCUACCUCCCCUCAGAGUCUGCCGGGUCAAGUAGCAAACCCACGAAUCCCCAAAUCCUUACCACCUACACCAACGAAGGCGGCGUGCAACCCUCCCUCGACCUGUACCCCACGCUCCAAGAAGAAGCUUAUUUAGCAGCAAACCCCUCCUCCCGGCCGGCCCGCGCCUUCCAAUCCUUUGCUUCCGAAGGCGACGUGCAGGGUAUGGUCUCCGUGUUGCGCAGCCUCAUCGAACCAGAUUCCGACUCGGAAGAUGACUCCAACACCCCUAAACUCACACCAGCAGAGGUACUUACUUACCGUGACCCCCUCAAUAACGACAAAACAGCCCUGCAUCUGGCCAUCGAAAACCGACAAGAAGAAGCCGUGUGGGCAUUGCUUUGGCUCGGGAGCGGGGCGCCAACGGAGCUGUUUCCGCCGGCGGUGCCGGCUGCGGCGGUGGGGUUGGGGCUGCCUAGAAGGUUGGAGCAGGGGCCGAUCCCGGUCGAGGAGGAUGUGCGGUUCGUAAGGGAUGGGGAGGGACGGACAGCGGGGGAUUUGUGUUUGGAGAUUGGGGAGGGAUGGGAGAAACUGGUGCAGGGGGGGUUGUUUAUGAGUUAG